AACAGAGUACUGUAAUUUUGGAAGACAACCAAUAUAAUACAGAUGAGAGCAUACUUGAACCUGGUGCCUUAAUAAUUGCAAGCAGUGCUGAUAUUGCCCCAAUAUGGCUGAGUACAAAUAUUAAAGUUAACAAUUAUUUGAAAAAUUUGGCCUCCAUGCAACCACAUAGUACAAAUAUUAAAGUUAACGGUUAUCAGAAAAAUGCUAUAAAUCUCACAAAUGAUGAUAAGAGCGUACUUGAACCUGAUGCCUUAAUGACUGCAAUCAGUGCUGAUAUUAGUCAAGAAAAUACAUCAACUUGCAUGAAAAAUAAGUUUAAAAAAAGAAAUUCGACCCCCAAGCGACUGCAUAGUACAAAUAUUAAAAAUCAUCAAAAUAUUCGGAAUCUUGAAAACAAUA